AUGCGCCCGGUGGUUGUGAUUUUGCUUCACGAGCCAAGUGACACCCCUGCCUACAUGGAGGUGUACCUGACCAAGCGUGGAAUUGACUACGUCACCUACGAGUUUUGGAAGGACGAAAUGGCAAACCUGGUUCCAGCCUCCGUCAAGAACUGCAUCCGUUGUGUCAAGAGGGACGGCGAGGCGUGCCGCUUCACUCCUGUCUCCGAGACGUCCGUGGAGGGGGAAUAUUGUUGCAUUCGCGGCGUUGCCAGUUUUGGCGGCUCGAUGAGUGUCAACGACGAACUUCCACACUACGCACCAAUUCUCAGCUUAAUGCGCUCAUGCAUUGAGACACGUACCCCUGUUAUUGGUCACUGCCUGGGAGGCCAACUCCUGU